UUUCUUCUUCCUCUACUUGGUUUCUCUCUCUCUCUCUCUCAACUCUGCUAUCGGCUGCAAUGGCGUUCUUACUGAACAAAACCACUAUUCUCUCUCCUUUACGCUCUCAUUCUCUGCACAAGACCCAGAAGGACUCGCUAUCUCUGUCGCGACGUGGAUUCCAUAUCCAACCAGGUCCUCGCGAGAACGCGCUAUUGGCAGAUGAUCCAUCAUUAAAGCAGUUCAAAUCACAUAAGAAAAGUGUGUGGCGACUCAAAAGAGUUGGAGAUGUUCUCACAAUUGUUGUUGUAGCUGGAUGUUGCUAUGAGAUUUAUGUCAAAGCAGUAAUGCGGGAAGCAGCUCAGAAACAAGCGGGUGGGAGUGCAUGAUGAAGUGUGUUUCUGUGAUUAUGUUGGCAGUGACAUUAGUCCUUUUUAUGCUUUUGUUUCGGAAUAACUCUAGAGGCACCGCAUAUUUCACAUCCUAUUCACAAACAUUGUGGGUCCAACACAUGCAUGAGUGGGACCGCCAAUGUUUGUGACUGGGGUGUGAGAAAUGGAGUGAAAUAUGCAGUGUCGGUAGCAUCACUGUUUGUUUUGCCUUUGUAGUGUUAAACAAAUAAUCAGGGCAAAAGUCCCAUUUUCAAGUAGUGCCGAAAACUUAAUGGAUUUUCAUUUCUAUAAUAGCUGUUAUGUAGGUGUUGUAUCAUA